AUGGGGGGCAAGUCCGCAACCAAGGCCGCUUACUUCGAGAAGCUUCGCUCGCUUCUCGAGUCGUACAGCACCAUCUUCAUCGUCGGCGUUGACAAUGUCAGCUCCCAGCAGAUGCACGAGAUCCGUAUCUCCCUCCGUGGAGAGGCCGUCGUCCUGAUGGGUAAGAACACCAUGGUUCGUCGUGCUCUUAAGGGUUUCAUCACUGAGAACCCCGAGUGGGAGCGUCUCAUGCCCCACGUCCGUGGCAACGUUGGUUUCAUCUUCACCAACGGCGACCUCAAGAGCAUCAAGGAGAAGAUCCUUGCUAACCGUGUCGCUGCCCCCGCUCGUGCCGGUGCCGUCGCCCCCGAUGAUGUCUGGGUUCCCGCUGGUAACACUGGUAUGGAGCCCGGUAAGACCGCCUUCUUCCAGGCCCUUGGUGUCCCCACCAAGAUUGCUCGUGGUACCAUUGAGAUUGUCUCCGACCUCAAGCUCGUUGAGGCUGGUAACAAGGUCGGUGCCUCCGAGGCUACCCUCCUUAACUUGCUGAACAUCUCUCCCUUCACCUACGGUAUGACCAUCUCCCAGGUCUACGAGAACGGUCAGUGCUUCGGCGCCGAUAUUCUCGACAUCACCGAUGAUCAGCUCCUGUCUGCCUUCUCCCAGGCUAUUGCUACCAUCACCGCUGUCUCCCUGGCUGCCAACUACCCCACCCUUCCUGCUACCAUGCACUCCCUCAUCAACGGUUACAAGAAGGUCCUCGCUGUUGCCGUCCAGACCGACUACAGCUGGCCCGAGAUUGAUGAGCUCAAGGACCGCAUCGCUAACCCCGAUGCGUACGCCUCUGCUGCUCCUGCUGCCGCCGCCGCUUCUUCCGGCGGUGCCGCUCCCGCUGCCGCAGCUCCCGUUGAGGACGAGGAGGAGUCCGAUGAGGACAUGGGCUUCGGUCUCUUCGACUAA